AUCCACAAAGAAGAAAAGCAGAGAUGGCCAACUUUUUCAAGAAAAUCGGGGAUGGUUUUCAGGGUAUAACAAAGGAUAUCGAUAAUGUACUUUGGAACAAAGACAAACCAAUGCCUGGGGACAUGAUGCAGUUUCAGAUGCCAGGAUUCCAGCACUGGGGUAUCUAUGUGGGAGAUGGAAAUGUAGUCCAUUUUUCAUGGCCAGCUGUCAGCCACUUUCCAUUAAAAUAUGCAGUUCGAAAAGAAAAAGUGAAGGAUAUCAAAGGUGUCCUGGCUUCUGCUGUAUACAAUAAGUAUGACCAAGACUAUGUACCAUUGCCUCAGCGAUGUGUGAUAAAAAGAGCAGAACACAUGGUGGACAAGGUCAUGAGAUAUAAUCUGGCCAAAGCUAACUGCGAACACUUUGCCACAAUGAUGAGGUACAACAUUCCUAUAUCAGGGCAGGCAGAGAGAUUUAAUUUUGAUGUGGAUCCAGAUUUUGUGGAAGAGCUCAGAGGAUGGCUGGCUGAGAUCGAUGACCAGAAAUAUUGCACCUCAUCUCCAAACAAAAGCAGCACAUAUGAGAUGAAUCCAAUGCUAGAGCAGUAGAGAAUCAAAGGAUAUUCUCCGCAUGUUCUUCAAUCAGCCUGUUUAUAUGCUCAAG